AUGUUUCCUUUGUCAAUUGUCAAACAGUUAAAAAAAUUAAUAAUGUCCACUGAAAGCCCGUUAUCAACUAGUACAGCGUUUUGUGCUCGCUGUGGGUCUAUAUUACCCUUGCUACAAGAGUUUGGCUCCGUGAAAUGCUACACUUGUAAAGCACAUUAUGAGGCUGAUAAUUAUAGUAACCUGAAAUUUCAAUACACAAUACAUUUCAAUACUAUAUCUGUGAUCACAAAUGAGAAUAUACUACAUACUGAUGGUCCUGAGGGUCCAGUUGUGGAGAGAAAAUGCGCAAAAUGCGGUUACGACAGAAUGUCAUAUGCAACUCUACAGUUACGAUCGGCCGAUGAAGGACAAACAGUUUUCUACACAUGUAUAAAGUGCAAAUACAAGGAAACUGAAAACUCCUAAAAGCUGCUUUAUACUAGUUUUAAGGUUGUCAAAGGAAAACUCGGCAAUAGAAUCAUUGUAUCAGAAUCACUUUAUGCAAAAAUCAGUUUUACUGAUUGUUUUAAAUUAGGUAAAUUUAAUAAGGAUUAAAAUUAAGCACCAUAUAACUGGUGCGUAAUUUUAAUUCCAUUUCUUGGAAUGAUAACUUUUAAACUGUAAAUUCUAUACUGAUUAAUCUUAAAAACCAUGUUUUAAAAAUUACAUGUAAUAGAAUCAAAUCUGAAUAAUUGAAAUUAUAAACAUUUGUCCAAAUGUUUUUUUUAUG